CACACACACCAUCCUGUCCCUCCUGCGCCCUCUCAGAAAAUCUUGUGAGGGUUGUGACUCACUCUUCCACUCCAGCUGCUCGGACUCACAAAGCGGAUCCAAGCCUCCGUCAUGGCACACCCCUCCCCUGCCUUGCUCGGACUCCUGCUCUUCCUGAUUGGCCAGGCCGCAACAGGACCUGUGUCUGACCCCCUGCCUAGAGCUGACCAAGCUGCUGCCUGUCAGAAACACAGCGCGCUCCACAACAGACUGGAUGUAGUGGAGAAGCGUGUGGACGACACAGUUCAGAAGCUGGAGGCGGAGCUUGCUCUCCUGCUGGAUGCCAUCGAGGCUCCAGAGUGGAGCCACCUGCUGGACACUGGAAAACCUGCCGUUGACAUUCUGGACAGCAAGGUCGAGGGAGCGGCCUCCUGAGACGCGCGGAAACGGAGCCAAGAGAGUGAGAUAGCAAGCCCGUGGCCUUUCAUUGGACAGAUCUUAGGAUUAGACGAGGCAAGUUCCCUUUCACCUGAAUUUCGAACUGGUGCUGAGCAAUGGCUUGAAAAGCAUUUGACAUUGAGGGGGAAAAAAGACAGCAAUCUGAUCAUUACUGAGACUUGAUUUUUAUGCAAAGGCUUUCCAUUUUUUUUUCUUUUUCACUUCUGCUUCAUUAAAUAUUAU